ACGUAAUUUUGUAGUUUUACAUUAGCCAUGGCUGAACCGGAAGGAGAUGAGUGGGAGAUCUGGAACGACGAUGGUUUCGUCUGCAAGAGGAGAAGAAGAAGCAAGGUAAAUAUACCAGCUGAUCAUAUCGCAACUGAGGAUCAGCUUAAGAAGAACAAAAAAAGGAAGAUGAUGAUAUUGAUGAAGCUGAGAGACGAGUACAAGAGAGAGAUUCAAGAAUGGGAAAAAUUAUCAAAUAUUCUAUCAACAAUAAAUCAAGAGAAAACCCAAAUCCAAAAGUCAUCAUCUGUAAUGGAUUCUGAUUUGCCAAAAUCGCAGAAAUUCUCGGACGAUUUCGUUUGCCAGAACUUGUUUAUAGAUGAACUCCUAUUGCAGGCUGAAGAACAGGAAGCCAUAAUUCUAAAUUUAUCAAACCUCUGCGACGCGGCCGAAGCUAUGAUUAGCUCGGAUAAGGAUCAAUUUAAGCAAUGUACGGUGAACAUCCCACUAUUGGGGAGUCCACGAAGCAUUUUGGUUUCUCUAUCUGAUUAGAUUUUAUUGGGAACAAUGUUCUGCUGAUUAUACACCUCUAUGUAUUUUCUCUCUUCUCAUGUAUGUAUAAAGGUCGCAACAUUUUCAAGGAAUCCAUUUACCUUUAUGCCA